AUGACUAUAACUUUUCUAUUCAGCGCUUUGGGUGCGCUCACCCUCGUCAGUCGCACGGGUUGUACAGAUAAUAUAAAUGGUCUAAGCUCAGAUGGCGUCCAGGAGUUGGAGUACACUGAUGUAGACUUAGGGCUCACACAACGAGGACCUCAUUUUGAUAUUCCUUACUCCAGAAAUGUCACAGCUCUUGUUGGGAAGACGGCACAGCUGAACUGCAGAGUCCACGAUCUUGGUAAUAGAACGGUAUCAUGGAUCAGGCACCGAGAUAUACAUCUCCUGACUUCAGGACGAAUGACUUAUACCUCUGACCAGAGGUUUAUCAGUGUCCACAAUCCUCAUACAGAAGAUUGGAUAUUAAAGAUAAGAUUUCCCCAACGGCGUGACUCCGGUAUCUAUGAGUGCCAAGUUGGUACCACACCGCCCAUUGGACACCGGAUGUACCUCUCUGUUGUCGAACCGUUAACAACAAUUCUGGGAGGUCCAGAGCUUUUCAUCAACAUGGGAAGCACGAUCAACUUGACGUGCGUCGUUCAGCACUCGCCAGAGCCUCCGCCUGCCAUUCGCUGGACUCAUAAUGAUGAGGAGAUAAACUACGAUUCUCCUCGAGGUGGAGUAUCAGUAAUUACUGAAAAAGGUGAGAUGACGACGUCUCAUCUCCUGGUCCAGAAGGCGCGGACACCAGACUCCGGUCACUAUACAUGUGCCCCAGCAAAUGCAAAUCCCAGAUCUGUUCUCGUCCACGUAUUGAGCGGAGAACACCCAGCAGCCAUGCAACACGGUGGUCAACUUCGGCUUCAAUAUCCGCUAUCUGCAGCACUCCUCAGUGUCAUCGUAACCCUUAUGGGCUGC